CGUGGCCUUCUAAACUCAUGCGAUGCGCGUUUGACCACCACAACAUCCCAGAGGGAUUGAAUUUCAUGCUUUGAUGUAUGAUGAAGUCGAGCUUGAUACCUCCCCCAGGUCACAAGUAUCGACACUGGAAUCAUGAGCCUUGAUCCCAGCGCGUUUCCGAGGUCAAAUUCCCCCGCAAGUUCGGACAGCUCCUUGACCCGGCCGCGUGUGCGAGGAAAGGAAGAGACACUCAGGAAAGACAAGAACUAUCGGCGCUAUGCUUCCAGCAUCGAGCGGGCGCUCUCACUGUUCGACACGGCAUUGCAAGAAUGGGCAGACUAUAUUUCUUUCCUCAGUCGCCUGCUAAAGGCACUCCAGUCUCAUCCCCCAGACCUACCGAUUGUGCCUCAUAAAACAAUAGUCGCAAAGAGACUGGCGCAAUGCCUGAAUCCAUCAUUGCCGUCUGGUGUACACCAAAAGGCGCUUGAGGUCUACACGUAUAUAUUCUCAUUAAUAAAGCCGGAGGGCCUUUCUCAUGAUCUCGCAUUAUACCUACCAGGCAUAGCUCCCACCCUGACCUUCGCAUCUCUCUCUGUGCGGCCGUUGUUUCUGUCCUUGGUUGAAACAUUUCUUCCAGAUCUCGAGCCUUGGGCCAUUCGCCCUGCGUUGAAAGCUAUAAUACUCGCAUUGCUUCCGGGGCUAGAGGAGGAAACAAGCGAUGACUUCGAGACUACUCUACGGAUCAUCAACAAGUUUCGCAAUGUCUCCAGCCAGAUGCGUACGCAACGUCCUAGCGACAAUGCGGAUGCCAGUGGCCAAUACUUCUGGCAAUGCCUUUUCCUUGCGUCCAUCACCAACCCAAGCAGACGUAUGGGGGUUCUAGCUUACCUCAACCGCCAUCUUCCUAAACUUGGAAUGACAGACCACAAAAACGUAAUAUCUGAUGACGGAAAUCUUCAAAUCCCCGAACAAUUGCGCGCCACAGCUGAAUCAGUAAUUUCGCCAGAGCCCGGAUUGCUUAUCCGGUGUUUCGCAACUGGACUUGCUGACGACCAGCUUUUGGUCCAGCGGAAUUUCCUCGAUCUGCUUGUGACGCAUCUACCUCUUCACUCGCCUAUACUGCAGUCGCGAAUUACGCGAGCCGAUCUUCAGAAACUUGUGAUAGCUGCAGCAGGUGUGGUUACUCGAAGGGAUAUGAGCUUAAAUAGGAGGUUGUGGGCUUGGUUUCUGGGGCCAGAUCCGGCCGCUUCUGGGAACGAGCGGACAUCGUUCGAGUCUCCCAAAGCAAGCUCAGAUAAGUCCCGUCCGCCUCCGGCGGAUACUCAAGAGUAUUCGCAAUCACAAUAUUUCGGCCGCUUUGGCCUGGAGCCAUUGGUGAAAGGUAUCCUAGAAAUGAUCCAAUAUGAGUCCACUGCACCUUCAGAAAAAAUCCGACCUCUUCGUAUCUCUCUGUCCUUGAUGGACCGUUGGGAGGUAGGAGGUUCUGUUGUCCCCGAAGUGUUCUUGCCGAUUAUGCGCAGCAUCCAAGACUACGAGAAUCUUGUCCCCCAGAAUCAAUUCGAAGAGGUCUUCCGCAGCGCCAGCGCAUUUUUCGACGGGGUCGAGAGCAGCUUAAUUUUUUCAGAACUCCUGUCCUUGAUAGACUUCAAACCCGCGGACCUGGACACUGCCGUUGAUGCAGUGUCGCGAAACUUGUCUCUGGCAGUGUUUAUCACAGAAAAUUUCAAUAUACGGGAAGAGGAAAUGCUACUCAUUCAUAUUCCUCUUUUGGUCUUGUCGCUUGUUGUCAAGAUGGGUGAGUUGCCAGCGAGGCCUGGCGGGGUCCCAGAUACCACGAGGACUGUUUCCAGCCAGCUACUACAGAUCGCGAACGAAUGCAUCGGCUUGCUUUCUGAAAGGGCUUUAUCGAGGAAAGCUGGUUCAGAUAAAACGAAUGGUACCCAGACGCCAGUCGCGGAGAUUCCCUCAGAAGAAAUUUUGGCUAGAAUCCAUUCCUUUUACCAGAAGAGCAAGGAUGUCCUUGACCUGCCACCGCUGCCGUUCCCUCCCAAAGUCGUUGGAGAGCUCAUCCUGCGUGAGAGUCAUCGACUGAGCAUGUCUGUGCUUGAGGGGAACGACUCGAGUCUUACUGUAAAAGAGAGCCUGAAUCUUUUCGUGGCUUUACUGAAGAAGGUGCCCAAGUCUCGUAUUCUCAGGGAUGGAAGACUAUACCGCGCUAUCAACAGCCGCCUGACCUCUAGUGACGUGCAGUUGACUACUCCCGUCUUUGCUGCCAUCUCAUCUAUUGUUUCUGCCGUAACGAGUCUUUAUACCACACACACGAUAGGCUUGCAUAUGACGUACGAGCAGAUCUGCCGCCUUGUUCCUGUUCUUGUACAACAGCUGUGGAUGUUCUUGUCUCCCUCGAGCCCAAAGUUCCAUGUGGAAGCAGUCCGCUCACUGUGGCUAUUACAUUCGGUGUCGUGGCCUGAUCAUCUCGUUGAGGCUUCUAUAACAUAUUUGAUGGUGAAGUCGUCAUCCGAGUCAUGGCAUGGAUCUACUGCCGACGAGGCUGAGAAAUUCUUUGUCUUAUGGAAUCAUAGCCACCAUGCAAACUAUGAAUUACCACUAUUGCGUGUGACUGAAGAACUAUCUGCAGCUGGGAAGUUCACGGGACACAACCGUGCAUCGUACCAGUCUUCAUUACUCGAGCGUCCGCUGUUCAUUGUCUUGGAUUUGUUAUCAAAUGGCCUCAACGAGGCUUCCCAGAUAGUCCAUGAAUGGCUUCAAGACCUAGGAUCAAUCCACAAGGUCUUCCGCAUGGUCAUAUCACGGCUGGAGCGUCUGUUCACUUCGGAAUUGAAAGACCGUAACGGAUCGACUCGCUUUACAGUAUCCGCUGAUCACUACAAAGAGUGCCACUAUCUGUUUCGGAUAGUUUCUAACAUCCUCGUCACACUUUCUCAUAAUGGAUGGAUUUCACUGCUCACGCAUUCCGUAGCUCCAGUUGAGAAGCGCCAUGAUCCUUCCUCAUCUGAGGACCAACCAGAUCAGCAAAGCCUGCACCAUGCUAUCUUCAAUACAGCGCUGUCUGUGAUCGAACUGCGAGAGUCGACAUCGCAGAUGAGUUCAGAGGAAGAGAAACUACAGCAGAUAGUCCUUCUGGUGCUACGGCAGCUGCUCGUUGGUCCGGGAGCUGAACGGAUAAUCGACUCGAACAUAAUUGAAAUAUUAAUUGCACGACUCUCUCUGGCACUGGACCAGGACAGCAGCGCCACACAGAGAGCUACUAUCGACACUCUCCUUGCAGCAUUAAAAAUCAAGUUCUUCCACGCAGCACAACCAGCACCACCCCCUGCAUCAAAGCACAAACGAGCUGGCUCUCGAGAUACCUUGACAAGUGCGUCGCUGCUGUCCUUGAGCACCGAUAGAGUGGAUAAGGUGCAGCCGGCGCCCGUCUUUCCGCAGCCGCCUCCGCAAUUGUUGGACUGCCUUCUGAAGGGACUCAGCUCCUCAAAAUCGCAUGAGGCGGUGGAUAAAUGGGUGGUAUUACUUUGCGAAUGUCUCCCAUUGUACCACGGGACGAUCUUCCAGAUCCUGCUCAUGCUCGUGGAAUGCCUCUGCAGACAGAUACGGUCUUCAUAUAACAAUCUGCAGCAAGUUUUCAAGAGAACAGCAAAUUGGUCAGACGACUGUUCUGAGCAGGUGAUUGUUGCCCUGCUCACUGGACUGGAGACCUGCCUUGCUACAGCUCAUGAACGCCUGCUUCUUGAAGAAGCCAAUGCGCCUUCUGUCAAGAGCCCGGAUCAAUCGCAGGGGUUUUUCGGCAACAUGGUGUCAGGGGUGUUCACAUCGGAAGGGAACCCUACUCGUAGCGCUGCUGCAAACAACAGACUUACUGUUCUACUAUGUUUCCAAGAUGCGGUUCGACUUUGCUUUUCCAUCUGGGCCUGGGGCGCUUCCGGCAAAAAUGGCGUGGCCCAGGACGCAGAGUCUGUCGCGUCUUUCCAAUAUACGUCGCUGAGAAUGAGGAACCGCUCACGCAGAAUCCUCGAGCAUCUUUUCACAGCGGAGGCUCUCGAGUGCCUCGAGACAUUGGUCGAAAUGUGGAACAAGUCAGCUACAACAGAAGCAAACGCACCAACUCUGAUCUUUAAUCUCCUGCAUACUUUGGACGGAUCCCGGCCUAAGGUCACGAUCCCUGCAAUCUUCAAUGCAAUUUAUAGUCGCACGAAUCCCAGCGCCAUCGACCCGAGCCGCAAGUCUGCCAUGACCUUGAACAUCACAGAAACCGACUUAGCAGCCUUCCUUGUGACGUACGCGAGAUCUCUUGAUGACGACGUCCUUGAUGAGAUCUGGAGUGAUUGUAUCACUUUUUUGCGAGAUGUGCUAGCGAACCCGUUUCCCCACCGUCAGAUACUUCCGCGACUGGUUGAAUUCGCUGCCAUUCUGGGUGCGAAGAUGGAAAACACCAACUUUGGAGAGGAUCGCAGGAUGCGCAAGGAUCUUGGCGACUUGUUACUCCGGCUGCUUACGGCAAUAUUCGCAAGCAAGCCAUUGGGUCUUUCGCAGGAGGCGGCGUUGUCAAGCAGGUCUUCUUUGGAUCAUGAUAACUCUUCGCCUAUGCAGAUAGGACCGGACGACGUGCUCAGCAUUCUGGCUCUGUCGAUGCCGGCGUUUAUUACAACCCUAGGUGAAUCCGAUCGGAUUGGUUCGGCCAUGACAAGUGUGUCCACGAACGUGAUAGGACCGUUGUUUCGCUCACGUCUAUUUCCCAACAAUAUAAAUAGGAAUGUGUUGAGCCUGUUGCAGGAUAUGUCAAAGGUUCCGGCGGCGUCGAAGUCCUGGAGGAAAGAUCUUUCGGAUGCCUUCAAUGACCCCAGGUUUUUUGGUUCUCAGGUCGAUAUUGUGAAGACCGGUUGGAUGAGUCUGUUGCGACAGUGGAUCAUAGUUGACAAGGACCGAUUGUCCGACCUCCUGGGCCGCCUUACGCCCCCAACAUCGGCGGGAAUAAUGUUCGGUGUUGGCGCAUCUGCAGCGCGAUUGGAAGCUGACCGUAAAGCCCAGCUGAAUCUCCGGAGGAUUGCUCUUCUGAUCCUUUCUGCGGACGAGGAUCAUUUCGUGACGGAACUUCCCGCUCUGCUUCAGAAAAUGGAGGAUCUCCUUGCUGCAACGAAUGUCUCUUCCCCUUCAUCUGCCACGAGAGCGGAGAUUUUCAUGGUUCUCCGAUCUCUGGUGCUCAAGACAUCUACGACUCAUUUGGCACCCUUUUGGCCAUUGAUCAAUACAGAGUUGCACGAAGCCAUUUCGUCUAUCGCCCAGGAACAGCCAUCGGACCUUUAUAACCCGUAUUCGUUACUUCAAGCAUGCAAACUGCUCGAUGUAUUGAUCCUGACAGCUCCCGAUGACUUCCAAUUGCAGGAGUGGCUGUUCGUCACCGACACUGUCGACGCAGUCUAUCCACCCCAUCGUUGGGAACCUACUGCCUUGGCCGAUGAGGUGUCUCAGGUGCUGGGAAGCCGAGGCGCAGCUUCCCCGACCAUGCAAGUAGAGAACGGCGAUAUUCCAAAGGGACUGAAGAGACCCGCCCUGAACUCUGAUCAGAUUCGAGAAACUGCCAAAGACGAGAUUGUGGACCGUGUUCUCCGGCCCUUCUUUGACCGUCUCAGUAUUCAUGCAUUUGAGAGUACAUACAGUAUGGGGGUUCCCGACCUGGAGACCUGCAAGGAUGAUCUCCUUGCCGACCUGUUCAAUGAGAGCACGAUGGCCAAUUGAGAGACGGAUGGAAUGGGAUAUAAUUAGGUUAUAGGACUAUGAGGACAUGUACCAAUAUUAGCAACUCGUACAGUAUCAUUGGAUGACUCGCUUCGGGGGCGUUUCCGGGGUAGACUGGAACUCGGUAGAAAAUAGAUGAUUUCGGCAUUACGAAGCAUCAGGGCAUUCUUCU